AUUAGCUCCUUUGUACUACAUAACAUUAUCUAUACAACUGUCCAAUGUAAUGCAAAAUUAAUCAAAGUAGCCGACAGAAUCACUCAGUAGCAAUCAGAUCCUCAUGUGUAAAAGCAUGUGACUUUAAUCUUUGCCUCGCCAUUCCUUUCCCUCAGGUUUUGCUUAAGUGCUGUGCUUUUGACCAUUAAGCCACUCAUGUCACAGCCUUCUCUUAUGGGAAAGUUCCUGUUUCUGUGUGAAUGACUUACGUGUGUCUAAGGAGGAGUUAGCAUAAUCACUGAGCUUGCACGAUAUGUGUUGUAAUCCUACUACUGCCAGGCCAUAGUGACUUGCAGAAUUGUGUUGAAAGUAACAUGUCAAAGGGUGAAGAUUAAAUGAACAAAACUCCCAACCUCUCCCAGAUUUGAUGCCGUGCUUCAAAACCUGAAAAAUGACAUUUUCCCUCCUUAGAAAUGCUAAGUGUAAUUUAUGGUUUUAUGAAGAAUUGUGGGUUUUGAAAAACCCUUUAAACAUAUUAACUUGUUGCAGACAUUUGCUCCUCCUUACAUUUGUAUCAAUUAAGUUAUUUAUCGAUAACUCUUAUGACAGUUUCAAAAAGUUUACUUGAAAUAAUUAACCCAGAGGCUACAUUUAACCCACUUCAUCGACUUUAAACCACAGCGCAAUCAAUGACAUAGAGCAAUUUACUGAGCUAACAAAGCCAUGGCCAAGGUUGUACAUGCAACCAGCAACCUAUCUGCAAACAAUAUCCUCUUAGUCUAGUUGUGAUGCCCCUCCUAUUCUGAACUCAUUGCCAGUCCUUUAAACUACCAUUUCUGUCCCAUCUACUGAAUCAAUGUAUGAGACAUGGUAAGAGCACUGAAUGUUCCUGUUCUGGGGCUUCUAGCUUAUCUUUGCUGGUCCUCCUCGGCGCCUGUGCAGGCUGGAAAGGUGCUUGUCAUACCAGUGGAUGGCAGCCAUUGGCUUAGCAUGAGGAUCCUUGUGGAAGAACUGUCUCAGAGGGGUCAUGAGAUGGUGGUCCUGGUACCAGAGACCAGUGUUCUGAUUGGGGGUUCUGGUAAUUACAUUACUAAGAGUUUUCAUGUCCCCUACAGCAGUGACGAGUUAAGCAGUCAGUUGGACAUAAUAAGGAAAAGUGCAUUCGAUAAGCCACCGGAAUUUACUGAUAUCUUUAAGAAUUUGGGAAACCUGAUUAAAUUCACGUCUAUACAGGUGAAAGGUUGCGAGGGGCUCCUGUACGAUGAGUCCCUUAUGAAGAGUCUUAGAGAGAUGGGAUUUGAUGCUAUGCUUACUGAUCCUUUCUUGCCCUGUGGUACCAUCCUUGCUGAGACAUUUUCACUUCCAGCUGUUUAUUUCUUGCGUGGGAUUCCCUGUCGGCUUGACGAGUCUGCAGCCCAGUGCCCUGCACCUCCAUCUUUUGUCCCACGCUUCUUCACUGGUUUCUCAGAUAAGAUGAAUUUCCCUGAGAGAGUGAAAAACACAAUUAUGAGCAUUUUUGAAAUGUAUCUCUGUCGCAUACUGUUUGCCAGCUUUAAUGAACUGGCCAGUAGAUAUCUUCAGAAGGACACUACUUACAAAGAGCUACUAGGUCAUGGUGCAGUCUGGCUUCUACGCUAUGACUUUGCAUUUGAGUACCCCAGACCCCUAAUGCCUAACAUGGUCCAAAUAGGCGGCAUCAACUGUGCUAAUAAGGGUCCUUUGGUGAAGGAGCUUGAGGAGUAUGUGAAUGGUUCUGGUGAGCAUGGGUUUGUUGUUUUCACUCUGGGCUCCAUGGUGUCACAGUUACCCGAAGCCAAAGCCAAAGAGUUCUUUGAGGCAUUUAGACAGAUACCUCAGAGGGUUCUGUGGAGGUACACUGGACCUGUCCCUGAAAAUGCCCCAAAGAAUGUUAAAUUGAUGAAGUGGCUACCACAAAAUGAUCUCUUAGGCCAUCCUAAGGUUAAGGCUUUUAUUACACAUGGUGGAUCACACGGAAUCUAUGAAGGAAUCUGUAAUGCGGUGCCAAUGGUGAUGCUUCCACUGUUUGGAGACCAAGGAGAUAAUGUUCAGCGCCUAGUGUCUCGAGGAGUUGCCGAAACCCUGAGUAUCUAUGAUAUUACGUCAGAAAAAUUACUGGUGGCACUGAGAAAGGUCAUCAAUGACAAAAGCUACAAGGAGAAGAUGACGAAGCUUUCAGCUAUCCAUAGAGACCGUCCCAUUGAGCCUCUGGACCUGGCUGUGUUCUGGACUGAGUUUGUUAUGAGGCACAAAGGCGCAGAUCAUCUCAGACCUGCAGCCCAUGAGCUGAACUGGAUUCAGUACCAUUGUCUGGACGUUAUCGGCUUUCUCAUUCUCAUUCUAGUGACUGUUAUUUUUGUGACUGUCAAAAGUUGCAUGUUCUGUUUCAGGAAAUGCUUUAGGAAAACUAAGAAAAAUAAGAAGGAGUAAAAAUAAUUAACUUUUUGUCCUUUUAUUUGGGGUGAUUGUGCGGGGAAUUGUUUUAAUAAUAUUUUUAACAUUUUAAUGACUCAUGACUUGAAUCCAUCAAUUACUUGAAUAAAGCAGUUCAUGUAUCCGUUCACCUCUUUUAUGCACUAGCUCAAGUUUUUGUUGAGAAUGGCUGUUAUUUUUAAUAAUUUUAAUAUCAAAUUACAUAUUAUAUUAACUUUAAGAUUCACUUUAAAAUGAACUUUGUGCACUUACGCAACAAAUGAAAAUUGUCUCUGCUAAACAGUCCAUAGUCUGAUCUCUGAAUCAUUUUUUGUUGUCACUUCAACAGUAUAGCGUCAAACUGCCUGUCUGCUUCACUGACUGAUAGUUGUUGGGAAGUGGAGGUUUUCGAAUGUAAGAAUAAGCUAUUUAUUCUUUGACAAAUAAAAAAAUCCACUAUUAGGCUGUAAUAUGGAGGUACAGUAGCAAGGCAAAGUCAGUGUUUGCAUAACAUCAUAUAAUCUAAAAUGCCACCAUCUCGAUUUUUGAAGGAUGCAUCCUUCACUGCCUAUGAUAUACUGUACCUGUGCAUUCUGUUCGGGAGUUGAAUGAAAAAUAAGGUGUCUGAUGGAGUGGUUAAAGGUUGUAAAUACACUACCGUUCAAAAGUUUAGGGUCACUUACUCAUUCUUUAUUUUUUUUUAUUUAUAUUUUUUCACAUUUUAGAAUAAUAGUUAAGUCAUCACAACUAUGGAAUAAUAGAAAAAUGGGAUGUUAUGACUAAAAAAAUCCAAAAUACAUCUAAAUACAUUUUUCAAUCUUCAAAGUGGCCACACUUUGCCUAGAAAUUGCAGACAUGUACUCGUGACAUUUUCUCAACCAACAUCUUGAUGUAUCACCCUGGGACGCUUUUUAAACAGUAUUGAAGGAGUUCCCAACUAUAUGUCACUUAUGGCUGCUUUUCGUAAUUAUUCGGUCCAAGUCAUCAUUUCAAAAACUUUUUUUCUUAAUUAAAUUUUAGUUUUAUAAUGAAAUUAUAUUUUUGUCUUCAAAACUAAUUUCAAACAUUUGUGCAUACGCCUUCAGAUCAAAAUAUUUUGAAUAUCAUGAAAACAUUUCAGGCAAGUGACCCCAAACUUUUGAACGGUAGUGUAGAUUUAGAAAUCUGAUUCUAAGAAAUAAGCAUUCUAGUGAAGGGGUGGAUGCCUGGAUCACCACCUCCGCUCUUCAAUAUAUAUAUAUAUAUAUAUAUAUAUAUAUAUAUAUAUCCUUUGAGUGAAUAAAAUUUACACUGAUCAGCAUUUAACCCAAUGUGAUUAAGUUCAUUAUUUUAGUGGAACUAAUCAGUAUUUUAAUCACACAUAUCAUUUUGACCUAAUGAAUUAUUAUUCUAAGUAUCUUAAUAUAUGUUAUCUGUAGUGUCAUGCUCUUACAAGCAGUUUCUGACCAUUCCAUAUCUGUUUUCAUACUUCAGGAGACAGUUUGUCUCCUGAAUAAGAGGCCUAGGUCACGUAGGCCGCUCCUCUAGUGUCUAACCCAACAACAUAUAUUUGAUUAUGAAUGUUUCUGCCACGUUAACAAGAAUACAACUUCAGCUCUCAUGAGAGAAUGUACAAUUAUAUCUAUGGUUUAAGUUCCAAUAAGAUAAGAUCUCCAACAGAAGCUUUGUAGUAUAAAACCUUGAAUAGGAAAAACUGUGUGUGUGUUUUUCCAAAGGUAUUUCUGUUUCAGGAAUUCAGUAAAGUGAGAAUAGCAGUCGAGAGGUGGACCUCAGAGACCUACUACUGUCUAUAAAGCGAAGACUGUCCGUGGCCUAGGACCUGACACGGACCAUUGGAUCCUAUAUACGGAACUAAAACGUCAUGCCAACAAUCAAUGAGAUAAAUGAUAUACACGAUGACCAUGUUCAGAAAUGUUCUAUACUUAUCUAUGCUUGUAGCCAAUCAGAAAUCUAGAAACUAUAGCAUUAAAGUCAACAUGAUGCUGCAUCUGACUAUAAUUAUUGAUGUUUUGGACCCGAGUUCAGUUCGUGAUUCUCCUGUCUUUGAACUCAAAGGCUUUUGUACUGCUGACUUCUGCCAUUUGAUUUUGCAAACAACUCUCUUCAGUAAAAUUCAA